AUGGUGUAUUCUCUGGACAGUGAUGAGACUCCAUACACGGCCCCUGUCAAGAAUCGAUUUACAGGAGAUUGGGUGGCUUUGCACAUGAUGUCAACCAUUUGUCGUCUGACCGAUCAACGCAAUGCUUCGUACAACUUUUUGAAAAAUGGUGGUAUGGCUUUCGCGAAGAACCUGCAAGAGUUGCGAGCAUCAGAUUUAGCACUUGCUGCCAGAGUGGUUGAACCAACGUGGGGUGACUCUCUGCAGCAAGUGCUGAAGAAUGAUGCUGUGCCUCGGAAGGUCAAAGCUUGCUUCGAGGCGAUGCAGGCUGCGUCCGCCAAUGUUGUCGGCACAGAUGGACAUCGUAGACAUUGUCGCCACGAAGGGUGGGCUUACAUGGAGAUGUUUGGUCCUCCGUUGGUUUUCUUGACGCCGAAUAUUGCAGACACUCAGCAUCCUUUGCUCUUGGUCAUUCAAGGAGAAACAGUGGAUCUGGGCGGAGUGGCAGCUGACAUGCCAGAGACGCUGCCGAAGUACCGGGAUAUGAUGCGGCGCCUUGCCCAAGAUCCGGUCGCCCAGACUCUGCAAUUCGAGUUUCUGAUGCGUUUGUUCCUGCAGCACGUGCUGAACGUUCGCCCCGAGACGUUGGAUUGUCGCCGCGGCGGUGUGCGCGCGUUUGCGCGAGAGUGGUGCAGCGAUGGGGCGGCCGCUGCAUCCACGGGCGCCGGCAUGUUGGGCCCGGUCGCCGCUUUCCGCGGCGAAAUCGAAGCCCAAGGGCGCGGCUCCUUGCAUCCGCAUGUUCUGGUCUGGUUACUAUGCGGUCAUUUGGAUGUUAUGGGACAGCUCGCAGAUCUUUUGAAGCACAACAAAGUGGAACUCCAACUACGUUUGAAGCAUUUUAUGCAAAUGGUAGUUGCCAGUUUCGAGUCUUUGUCGCAAGCCUCCGUGCAAGCGGCGCCACGCCUCUUCGACGGCAACUCCAUGUCGAAGAGCGUUGGCAUCAGUCAAGUGGCCCGCAACCUGUCGAAGUACGACGGCGGCAGUGAUUUGAUCUUGCUGCGAGAAAUGCCGGAGCUGACAACCGAACAGCAGCAGUAUUUGGAGUCCGCUGCAGAAGCUGACUGGAGACGGCCGCUGGUGCCGGUGGAUGAUGGCUCAGGUUUGUUGCCCAAUAUUUUCAGUCAGCCAAUCAACAACUUGGCGGUGGCGCAAACACCGCAGUAUCGGCUGCGCAGUGUACUCUGCGCAGCCGAUACUGCGGACAUUGACGCCGCAGCGUGGCAGCUCGCAUUUGCAGAGGACUUGCAUAGUCUGAUGCCGACGCUGCUACGGCAUGCCUGCAGCGAAUCGUGCUACAAAUAUUCUGAUGCGAGCUCCGUGCGCUUCAAGAUCUGCAGGCAUGGCUUCUACCACGUGGUGAAUGUCUUCGAAGGUUGUCGUGUGCGACGCAAGGGCAAGGCAUUGCGUCCAAGCAUUCACAUUGGAUCAGAAGCAGAAGCUGAUUACGGCAUGCAAGGUCGCAUGCGCCCUAUUCAGCUGACGCCUUUCGAGUGUCAGACUUGUUAUGGCGGCUUGGUCGCCGGUCGUCACAACUUGGAUUUGCAAGAUAUGAGGCGUGUGCUUGAUCCUGCACUGUGGUUAGAUUCCGACGAGCAUUUGCCCCAUGUUGGCUUCACUGAUUCCUUGGGUUACAUGGCUUGGUAUGAAUGGAAUGGCAAAGCUUAUGAGGUUCGUUCUGACGCGCCGACUACUGCAGUGUCAUGGUUAAGUCGCAGAGAUUGGGCGCCAGACUUUCGAUCUGCUUGGCUGACGGCUCAUCAACAAUUCAUGGAGAAAGAAGGCGAGCCUGUCACCAGCGACGCACAAGAUGAGGACGCGCCAAUGCCGCCAGCAGAAGACCAAGAACAAGAUGUGCGCAUGGCAAACGCGGAAGACACAGACGAUGCCACCGCUGAACUCACACGAGCCAUCCGCUGCGGUAUCAGUGAAGCAUUCUGUGAUGGCAUCAACAGCGGCUUCUACAUCAACAGCUAUACCACCAAGCCUGGACCUGGUUUAGCUGGUAUGUUGGAAGAGCUCCAAAAAGGCAUUGAGCGAUUGGAGAAUGAACGGCAGGAGCGCGAACAAGACCGUGAGAAGCAGGCAGAAGCUGCGCGCGCGGCUGGCGAGCAUGUUGCAGGCAGACGUGGUGUGCUUUUUGCCGAAACAUUGAAGACAUUGUCUCGCCUGUCGUCUUCCUAUCGUCGAUGUCAUUGGAAAAGUGCCAGUGAACUCAUCUUCCCUUUGUUGUUUCAGCACAUGACCUUUGCGUCGCAUCGCACCUGGAAGCUAUAUGUGAAAAAGGCAAUUUUUUUCGCUGUGGAAGCUUGGAGGCAGCAGUAUGGCGAGAGUGUUUUGCGACCGAAGGAGAAUCUGGAUGUUGCUUCUGAUCCAGUGGUGUUUCGUCGCGAUGGCCUUGAUCCAGUGACCUUGGUUGGUUGGAAGAAGGUUGCACGCGUAGACCAAGAAACUGGUGAGAGUGUCUAUGUUUAUGUUGGUCCUCAUGGGCAAAAUUGUGCUGAUUUGGACGAAGCAUUUGCUGUGUACGAUUCAUCGGUUGAUUUGGACAGAGGUGGUCCAGGGAAAAAGGCCCAACAAAAAUUGACAUUCAUAGAAGAACUGUUAAAGAUUCACCAGGUGACAGAAACCGUGGCACGAGACGACACUGAAUCGGGUGAGGCCACCAACUUGAGAGCUUUGCAAGCUACUGGAGAAGAUGUUGCUGUUCUUGAGGGAUCAUCUUUGUUGAAGUCGUCGAGGCCGUUGGCAGUGACUACAAGCAGUCUGGAGGAUUAUCUGUUUCGUGGGUCACAUCCUUUGCUUGCAGGAUUGAGUUGGUCAACAUACGGUAUGUGGGUCUACCGCAUCGAGUUGCCGCCGCGCGCAGAGCGGUCGGUUCGAGCAGCCAUACCUCGUUAUGUUGAUGUGUACUUCGACCCAGCCUACAAGUUGUACCAGACUCAUGCCCAACGCAUCAGUACUGAGCCUCGUGUUCCUAUGUUUGAAGGCUUCACAAUGCCUCCGUUGACUUUGGACUCUGAGCGCAACGCUAUGUACAAACAGGUGCAAUGUCGUCCUACCGCAAUCCUUGCCGACGAGAACGUCGAGCAGGAUGCGGAGACAUUGGUGUUGGAAGCUUUUAAGCACUAUUCCACACCAAAAAAACGCGUCCCUGGAGAGGAUAUGUCGGAAACGGCUGCCGUUGCCUUCACCCGAUCUUUGCUUGAAUGGCAGGAUGACAUGAAACGAGAAGCAACGAUCGCCAGAUACCGCUUUGCUGCCCGUCAACAAUAUCCGUCUUUAUGGGAGACAGCUGAAAUGGUUGCUUUGCUGGAAGAGAAGUUGAGUUUGGCGACAGGCACCACAGUGACAACUCCAGACACAGACCCUGAUCGGUUGAAGCCACGGUGCACUGCAGCACAAUAUUCUUCUAUGUUGGCCGAAAGUCGUAUUGCGCAUCUGGAGGGAUUGGCGCGAGCCAGGCAACAGAAACCGAAGCGGCGCCGCGACACUGAUGCGCGGCUCUAUGAAGAGUACGUGAAGAUCACCACGGCUGGAGAGAAGGACGACGAUGAGGCUGCUGACAAUCCAGAGGAAGAGAUGGAAGUUAGUGUUGCGACAAAGCCAUCGGAAGUCUUUCAACCCAUCGUGUUCCAAGCGAACGCAGAAGAGCAGAAGAAACUGUUGCUGUUCGAAUGCCAAGGGCGACACAAUCAGUACACAAAAGAUUUUCUGGAGGAGGCGUGGAUCAAGAAUGAUUUGUUCGAAGCGGCUGCUAAGUGGAAGAGCUGCAGCAAACACGACCUGCAUGCCGUGUUUCAUGCAUUGAACAGCUUGUCACCAGACCGAAGAGCAGACGUCUUGGAUGGACCACGUACCGGAGCAGUCGCAGAAGAGGAAGCAGCGCCCAUGGACACGGGCGAGGACGACCGCCACGUCUUUUUGAAGAAAUGUUUACCUCGACUGCCUGCUGAUUGUGUUCGCUUCAGCCAGCAACGGGUUUACAGCAAGCCUUCUGACUUAGUGAAAGCUAUGAUUCAAGCAUUGCCUGCCAACAGGCGCUUGAACGAGGACCAGGAAAUUUUCAUGAUGCGCUUUGCCGAGGUGCUCGACGUUGUCUACGAGCAAGAAGUCGCGGAGCAGCCGCCCGACAAGCGACAUGUGUACCACAUGCUCCUUCUGGGUCAAGGCGGCUCUGGCAAGACGCACAUCGUGCAGAAUAUCAUUUUUCCAGUGGUCCAUUUCAUUUGGCCAGCAGACAAUGAGGCAGAGACCCUGAUGGUUGUGGCCGCCAAGAAUGCGCAGGCCAAAAACAUCUCCACAGAGCAGGUGCGGGCAAGGACAUUACACGGAGCCGCGCUGCUCGGUGUCCAGUCCCUGACCAACAGCAACAUGGCGGCCGGCUCCAAAGAAAACGCGCUACAAAAACUCUGGGGCUCGGUUCGCGUGUUGGUCGUGGAGGAGAUCAGCAUGGUAUCUGCUUUGUUGUACAACAUGUUGGACUAUCGAGCGAUGCUGGGUCGUCGUGUCGUUUUCAAAGUGGACCGACACACCUACACAAAAACUGGUUGUGCUUUUGGUCGCGUGCCGAUUGUUCUGCACCUUGGUGAUUUCUUUCAGCUUCGUCCUACUGCGCAGUUGUCGUUGCUGGACGACUUGGAAGCGAAGGACGACGAUGGGAAUUAUGUCUACCAGGACGUGCCAGCAGAGGUGCAGCAUGCACAGCAACUUUUUGGCUCGAUUCCAGAUGUUUUCGAGCUCCGUGGCACAAUGCGAUUCAAACCUGGUGACCCUUUGAUUGACAUUUUGCAGCACAUGCGGUUUGGCAAACGCUUUCCCGAUUCGUUGUGGGCAAGGUUGCAGGAAAGGUUUGCGGUAGAUGUUUCUCCUGGUGUGCAAGAUGCACGGUUCGACGAAGCCAAGUUUCGCGAAGGAUACGGCAUGUCGAUUUACUGGGCCUCUUUGGGUCGCAUGAUGUGCCGCAGAGCGCUCAUGGAUGCUGUCCGCCUGGCACAUCCAUUAGUUUUGCUUCAGGCAGCUGAUGUGUGCAGUGACCUGGACAAGGAGACUGCUUUCCGCUUCUUGAACCGUCCGAAUCCCUACCGCACUGGUCAUAUGCAUGGAAUCUUUCCCUGUCAUGUCGGCAUGCAGGUGCGACUUAUCGCGAAGUUGGAUGCUGACAAAGGAAUGAUUCAAGACACCGUUGGCACCAUCAUGGAUUUUGAGUUUCACAGCCAAGAUCGCCGACGCUAUUCUCACUGCGCUGGUGGAGAUCUGUUUUCGCCACGGUAUUUGCCGUCAGGCAUUUGGCUGUCCAUUGAUGGUUUCCAGGGAUGUUCUGACUGGAUGAAUUUGAUGGACUUAUGCCGGCAACAUGUCCCAGAUGAUGCAACGGCCGAAAAGUUGGCUCGCAGCUUCUGGUUUUUGCCUGCGGAAGAAAUUGUCGUGAAAUUCUCCAGCACGCAGAAUUACCAGGUGCGCCGCUGUGGAUUCAGGAUGACGCACGCAAACUUCUUUACAAGCACAGGGUCGCAGGGUUUGACUUUGCGGAAAGGCACAGUGGUUGAUUGUGCGCGUUUGCCAGAGAUGGACGACGACAAUUGGUGGCUCCAUCUUUACGUCAUGUUCAGCCGCGUGACGGCUUUGGGUGAUUUAUUAUUGCUACGUCCACCGCCACGGGAUGUUCUCGAACGUGGGCCACCAGCAGCGAUCGCUGAGAAAGUUGCCGCAUUUCAGAAGCGAGCAGAAGAAUGUCGACAAGGGACAUUUUCUAAGUGCCAACGUCGCACUGAACCAUAG